AUGCACCUCCGAGUGUACAUAGUCGACGGUAAGCGUGUCUACACGCUAAAGAAGGUGGACCCGGAGGGCAAGCCGACCCUGUGCGCCCACCCCGCCCGCUUCAGCCCAGAUGAUAAGUUCAGCCGCCACCGCGUCACCAUCAAGCGCCGGUUCAAGGUGCUGCCGUCGGAGCGUCGCCUGCAGCCGCUGUAA